UCACUGUGGUUGGUCAAGAGUGCAGUGGUACAACUUCGCAGAGGAUCACAUCACCUGUUUGUGUGAUGUGGCUUUUUAAUCUUAAGGCAUAGGUAUACUCAAUCAUCAACAUGAGUGUAUCUAUUCAUUUGCUCCUGGGUUUAUGUGUACUGCAUCAGUUUAUCAAUUUGAGCGAAUCUGUGGAUGCUUCCAGACGACCAUGGAGACCUGCUGAUUACAGGGGGGCUGGGAGGAGGACGGCCAGAGCUGUAAACAGACCGACACCAGUCAACUGUAGGCUGGCGAGUUGGUCACCAUGGACUCCCUGUAACUCCUGCACAGACAAAAAGUUCCGUUUUCGUUACAUGGAGACACCCUCACAGUUUGGAGGCACACAGUGCAUGGAGACGCUGUGGGAGCAGCUGGCAUGUCCGACAGCCACAUCACCGUGUGUGGUGCCGGAUCACUGUGGAGAGAGCUUCACCUGCGUGGACACAGGCCGCUGUAUCAGCCAGUCACUUCGCUGUAAUGGAGAAUCAGACUGUGAUGAUUCCUCUGAUGAAAGUGAGUGUGACAAUCUCAACGUGAGAGACGACAAGUGUUCCAUCCUCCUGCCGAUCCCUGGAGCUGAGCGCGGCACUCAGGGCUUCAACAGCUUGACUGGAGAAUUCGUGGACCGUGUCAUUGACCCAAAUUAUUUUGGGGGAAUGUGUGAAUAUGUCUAUAAUGGUGAAUGGAGGAAAUUCACCUAUGACUCGUUCUGUGAGAACCUGCACUACAACGAGGAAGAUAAAAACUACCGGAAACCUUACAACUACCAUAGCUACCGUUUUGUGGCUCAAGCUACAUCAGAGGGCUCUCAUGAGUACUAUGAGGAUAUGGCGAGUCUGCUUAAAGCGAGGAAAACUAUGAAGUCUCGCAAUGGUGGUGUCACAGUAGGGGUCUAUUAUGUGCAAGCUGGACUCAGUGGAAGCAAAGAGUCGGAGUUUCUCAGCAACAUAACAAAGUAUAAGAGCCAGGACUUUGGGUUUGUCAGGCUUUCGUCCAAAGUGCAAACAGCCCAAUUCAAGAUGAGAACCAAUGAGCUGAUGCUUCAUGAGGAUUUCUAUGUGUCACUAAUGGAGCUCCCGGAGCAGUACGACUUUGGGAUCUACUCCCGCUUCUUCAACACAUUUGGCACUCACUACGUCACGGAGGGAACUAUGGGAGGAACCCUCGAAUAUGUUGUGGUUAUUAACAAAAACUCCAUGGCUACGUCAAACAUGGUGGGUGAACAGGUUGGUAAAUGCAUUGGUGGCUCUAUUGGAUUAAGCUAUCCAAUGGGGGCCUACGGAGAAGUCGAUCUCAAACUUGGUGGGAAUGAAUGCAAGAAAAAGGGGAAGUUCAGUCAAGCAAGGGACUCCAGUUCGGUUGUGAUUGAGGACAUUGUGACUCUAGUGAAGGGAGGAAUCACAGAGAGCAGCGGUAGUCUGUUGGCUAUCAGGAAUCCCAAAACCUACAGGAGCUGGGGAGCAACUCUGCAGUACAACCCAACUCUCAUCGAAUACGAGACCAUGCCGAUCUAUGAGCUGGUGCGCCUCAGCACGGCCGCCGUCCAUGUAGGCAUAAUGGGAUCCCUGUCCUCAAGGGCACCUCCUGUGAGUGCCUCUGUAGGUCCGGUUACCAGGGAGACGCCUGUGAACAGACGCUCAGAAGUGAUGUCAAGACAGAUGGGUCGUGGUCGUGCUGGGGGGCCUGGUCCUCUUGCACAUCUGGGAGGAAGACUCGGAGGAGAGCCUGUAACCAUCCCCCACCUGACGGGGGCGGAGCCGCCUGCCUGGGCUCUCCCAGUCAGACGCGACGUUGCUGAAGUGAAGCUCCUCCCAAAUUGUAGUGUGAAGACGAUGUUGAGUGAUGAGAGAGAAUAAAGUUUUUUUCUGACGAUAAAAAAUGAUGGUGUUAGUUUUUUAAUGUUAAGUACGGAGCUGUCAAAAAUAGCAUCUGCCUGUCUCAGGUCACACUGUGUGACACGUCAAAGUGGAAAUAAAAGUGUGUUGAGCA